ACUGAGUUAAAACCGUUUAAAGAUAUCUCAAGUGAUUUGGAUUUUACUCGUAAAGCAGGAUAUAUUCGUACAGAUUUUACAAUGGCAAUAGCGGAAUAUGCUAUCUUACUUCUCAGAUCUGGGAUUUCCUAA